GCUCCUUUAACGCGCUCAGCUCUCUGGCUCGAGGCAGUCACAGCGCGCAGCACUGGUGUCACGAGCGCAUGAUCUUAUUGGGAGCUUGUAUUUUAUUUACUUGUCUUAUAUUCUCAUCGUAUGUGAUGCAGAUUACAUUAUGGGAUUAUUGAAAGGAAAAGGUGGUUUCCCCACUUCGAUGCUGGUGAGACUUUAAAGUUGAGGAAUAUUUGGAGAGAUGAAGAAGAGGAUGAAUCUGUCGUGAAACACUGAAAUACUUUGAUCCGGACACAAGUGGCGCAUUUUUGUAGAUAGAGAGAUUGAAUCCAGUUGCAGGUGAGAUGUCAUAAUCCACGUGAGACAGCGAGGCACCAUGGACUCCUGGAUCUUCCCAUCGUCCCCUCCGAACCUGUCGGAGCACCUCAUGUAUGAAAGCUUCAUGCAGAGCAACGAGACCGACACCCACAGGAACUACACGGACCACACCUUCAACAAGACCAGCACGGUGGUCAUCACCUGCUUGUACUUCCUGGUUUGCACCGUGGGGCUCUGCGGGAACGCCCUCGUCAUCUACGUCAUCCUCCGCUACGCCAAGAUGAAGACGGUCACCAACAUCUACAUCCUCAACCUGGCGGUGGCCGACGUGCUGUUCAUGCUGGGCCUGCCGUUCAUCGCCAUCCAGCUGGCGAUGGUCCACUGGCCGUUCGGCCCCGUGCUCUGCAGGGUGGUGAUGACCGUCGACUCCCUGAACCAGUUCACCUCCAUCUUCUGCCUGAUGGUGAUGAGCAUCGACCGCUACCUGGCUGUGGUGCAUCCCAUUAAGUCCACAAAGUGGCGCAAGCCGCGCAUGGCCAAGACUAUUAACUUGACGGUGUGGGGGGUGUCGCUGAUGGUCAACCUGCCCAUCGUUAUCUACAGCGGCAUCAUCACGAAGCACGACGGCUGCUUCUGCACCAUCGUGUGGCCCGAGCCCCAAGAGGCCUACUACACGGCGUUCAUGUUCUACACCUUCAUCCUGGGCUUCUUCCUGCCCCUCAUGGUCAUCUGCCUCUGCUACCUGUGCAUCAUCUUCAAGGUGAAGUCCUCGGGCAUCCGCGUGGGCUCCUCCAAGAGGAAGCGCUCGGAGCGGAAGGUGACCCGGAUGGUGUCCAUCGUGGUGGCGGUGUUCGUCUUCUGCUGGCUGCCCUUCUACGUCUUCAACGUCACCUCGGUGACGGGCACCAUCAGCACCACGCCCAUCCUGAGGAGCACCUUUGCGUUCGUGGUUGUCCUGGGAUACGCCAACAGCUGCGCCAACCCCAUCCUCUACGCCUUCCUGUCGGAGAACUUCAAGAAGAGUUUCCAGAAUGUUCUGUGUAUCAAGAAGGUGGGCGGGCUGGAUGAGGCUGACCGCAGCGACAGCCGGCAGGACAAGUCUCGCAUGAUAAACGACCCCACGGAGACCCAGAGUUCUCUGCUCAACGGGGACCUGCAGACCAGCAUCUGAGAGGACGGUGAUAUAUAUCUGAAACAAAUAACAGGCAGCUCUUAUCAGCAUCUCUGAGGUCACAUCAGAGAGGAAGAGGACAUUAUUGAACAAGGGGUUCACACUGAACAUGUUAAAGGGGACGAAGCAACAACAGAAUGUCAAACUGCCUUUGACUCAUUGUUGGCUGGCUGUAAACAAAUCCAUUCUAUCAUAAUCACAAGUUCAUACAACUGUUUACUCUAAAUGAAAUCUGUUUGUUUUCAGUGUAUUGAGUCUGAGCUGAGGCAGAACGGACACAAACGCCCACUUGUAAAUGGUCCCCUGGGUGACAGGAAUUUUCCCUGGAGACCCAGGAUUAUAUACAUAGUUUCACAGCAGAGGGCCUGCGCCAAGUUUCCACAGUAUUGUGUAAAAAUAACGACAUAACAGUGUGCUCAUACGCUGUAAAACAACAAACUGUUAUUGAAACUGGCAACCUCAUCAUUCCUCUAUUUCGUUCCCUGUCUCGUCUGCAAGUUCUGUUCUCUUUUUGACUGUAAAGAACUGUACAGAAAAUGUUUUUAGUGUCACUUAGUUUUGAAAAUCUGAUUAGUGAAUGAGUAAUGAUGUUUUUGUUCCAGACGCAGAACAUAAUGAACGUCAGUGCCAUCGGUUCUUGUGUUUUGUAGUACAACAGAUUUAAUGUGAGGACAUGCAUCAAAUGUAAAUGUGAAUAGCAGUUCAGUCGGAGGGAAAAUGUUCCAUCCUGUGUCACUCGCUGCUUCAAUAUAACUACAUGCAUAAUUUAUAUUACAUUAAUGGUUCUGGCUCGAUACCCGAGUCAGCCUCUAACCAAAGUGCUGCUAAGAUGUAUAGAAACUCUACUACAAUGUUGUUGUAUUAUGUAGAUGAAUGCCACUGUAUGCCUGUUUCUACUGGACUGAACUUCUUUGGCAAGCUGUUCUUUCUCAUUUGCCAUUAUUUAUGUAUAUCGUGUAAUAAUGUUGCAGUCGUUACAGUAGCUACUUUUGUCAGAAAAUGCCAGGCUGCACGAUUCUGAAUUAUUCAAUAUGAAUGCUGAGUAGCGGCUCAGCUUCAUGGUUUUAUGUUAUCUGAGUUGAGAGCAUAAAACCUGCUCAGAUUAUAUUUUGUGAAGGAUUAUUUUGCUCCCAAGAAAUGGAUAGGUCACUAUCCUGGAAGUAGUGAACUGGGAUUUAAACUGGAUUUAGACAUAUUUCAUUUCAAACACAUCUUCAGUUUAUUGUUGUUUCACUGUGUUGUAUUAUGGAAAAACACUGUUUGUUAAAUGUCUGUAUGUUUUUAAGUUUUUUUUAGGGCUGUACCAAAUGUCCUUUUUCUACAUUUGAAGCUUUUAUUGAGGUUUUCGAGUGAAGCUUUGAAUAUCUGUCGUCAUAUUUUAUGAUGUCAUCACCCUAAAAAAAUGAAAGAAAAAAAAAAGGAUUAGAAUAGAUUUUUUUUGUUAUUGUAUUUAUACAGUAUACGGUAAAU